GCAACACAUCGACAACUGAAAACACUUAUAAAAACUGAUUAAACAAACAUGAAAAAUUGUAAAGUGGCGUAUUUAUCGGUGUCGCGGGCUGUUCCAUGGGGUUCGUCGUUCUUUUUCCAAAUCCUCAAUUGAAAAUUGAAAUAAUCGAAUGAUGAAAUGGGAGAAACGAAAAAAAGGGGAAAUGGAUCAAGGUUGAGACGGUCCUCCGCGGGAGAAUAAGCGCCCUCCUCAUUCUAACGGCGUUUCACUGUUCUUACUGCUGCGGAUUCGGGUCGCUCUUCUCUCUCUCGUAUUUUCAAUUAAUUUUUUUUUAAGAGCAGUUUUCUUCUUUUUUUUUCUGACAACCCCCCACGGAGAAGAUCCGACUGGCAUUGAGGAUUUGUGUUGAAUCGUUCAGCGUUCUGCCCCCUCGGUCGAAAAUCGGAUCACGAUGGGCGUCUACAUGACAAAACCGGUCAAAGACAAAAUCUCGUCUGACUGCGAAAAUGCCAAGUUGAAAUGCGGAGCCAGUUCUAUGCAAGGCUGGAGAGUCUCCCAGGAAGACGCACACAACUGUUGUCUCGAGUUUGAUGAGAAACUUUCCCUCUUUGCCGUUUACGAUGGGCAUGGAGGACAUGAAGUCGCUCAAUAUGCAUCGCAGGAGCUUCCAAAUUUUCUAAAAUCUCUCGAGUCUUAUAAAAACGGCGAUUUUACGACAGCACUGAAAGAUUCAUUUUUGGGUUUUGAUGCGACUUUGAGAGACAAUGAAGUUGUCGAAAAGUUAAGAAAGAUGGCUAAGGAUGGAAAGGAAAAACAAGACACAGCUGCUACUGAAGAUGAAGAUGAUUCUUAUGUUGUGGAAGAUGAAAUUGACUUACAGAGUUUAAAGAAUGAAGCAGAUAUGCCGCUCAAUGAAGUUUUAUUUGCUAAUUAUACAGGAAUUGCAAAAACGCCUUCUGUAAUGAGGCGUCUCAGUUUAGGUGAAUUUUCUAAAUCGCCAUAUCUCAGGGGAAAAGCAACCACAAAUGACGAGGUUUCAUCAAGCAGCUGUCAAGUUAAUAGUGUUACUAACGGGGUUUCAGAAGCAAACGGAGACUGUCAAGAGAAAAUGCACAAAGAGUCAGAAGCUACAGAAAGUUCGGAAGCCAUGCCUUCAACUGUCUCUAAUGGUGAGGUUGUAGAUUCAACAUCGUCUGACAAUUCUGGGAAUAAGUCUGAAGUCGAAACAUCUGAGGAAUGUAAUUCUUCGAAAAAAAUUGAAGACGAGGAAGAAGACAAAGUUGUAUCAUCCACUGGGGAUAGAUUGUCAAAAAAGAAGGCUGCACAGAUUGUGUAUAAAUCGAUUCUAUCAGGAUUCGAUUCAUCAGAUUCAGACGAUUCCGAUGCCAGUUUUGAAACCGAUAACAAAGGAUGGAGUACUAAAGGUAGCCUUGCAGACGACGAUACAGAUGAUGAACUUGAUGAAAAAGAUGAAGGAGAAGAUGAAGAAGACGAUGAGGAAGAGGAUGAAGAGGAUGAUGAAGAAGAAGAUUCUAUAAAGGGAAAUGAAGAGGUUAGUCUCAGUAAUCAGUAUAACAAGCCUGGUAUGGAUUCUGGAUGUACAGCAGUUGUUGCUUUGGUAUCAGAUGGCAAACUUUAUGUGGCCAAUGCCGGCGAUUCAAGAGCAGUGCUGAGCAGAAACGGAAUAGCGAUUGACAUGAGCAUCGAUCACAAACCGGAGGAUGAACCUGAACUUCAGAGGAUUGAAGCUGCCGGGGGCGAUGUGACAGGCGACGGCCGUGUCAAUGGCGGUCUCAACUUAUCUAGAGCGCUGGGCGAUCAUUUAUACAAAAGAGCCAAAGAGUUGGAUGCGACUCAACAGAUGAUAACAGCACUCCCAGAUGUUAAAGUUGAAGAUAUUAAAGAAGAAGACGAAUUUCUCGUAUUGGCCUGCGAUGGAAUAUGGAAUUCUAUGUCCUCUCAAGAAGUAGUCGAUUUUGUCAGACCACUCAUGGCGAAAGGAGAAAAACUUUCUUCCAUCUGUGAAACGCUUUUUGAGAAAUGCCUUGCACCGGACACCGGAGGGGACGGUACAGGGUGUGACAACAUGACCUGCGUCCUGGUCCAGUUUCUACCAAAUCGAAUCAAAAUGGACACAAAUUCAAACAGCCCUGUAAAAGAAGUUGUACAGAAUAACGAAGGGGACAAACCUCAGGAAUCAUUGAAAAGGACGGCCGACGAUUCCUUGGAAGAAGUCCACACAACAGUGACACAAUCGACAAAAAAACCCAGAGUAGAUACAACUUAAAAAAAAAAGCACACAACACAAACCCAUUGCCUAAAAACCCCCUCAUUACGUAACUAUAUGUCUUUCAUCUUAGCAUGUAUAUAUAGUUUAUUGAAAGUAAUGAGGACCCAAUGUUUUACCACAUUUAUUCUUUAUUCCUAUUUUCAGUGUUUAUUAUUUAAAUUUCUUGUUAAUAUUUAUAUGACUGUCAACCAAAAGUGAUUCACUAUUGAUUCUUUCAGUUUUUUCUUCCUUCUGAAAUAACGAAUAACAUUUUGUGGAGACAGUAAAUGAUAACCUUUGUACAUACGCUCAUAUAAAUAUUUUUUUUCUUUUUAAUUUUUUUAGAUAUAUAUUUAGAUAAAGAAAAAGUUCUGUAAACACGAGCAAAGAAUUUACUCGUUCAAUGUUCCUAUUUUUCUAUCCCUAACUUUUUUUAAUAUAUCUUUAAUUUAAUGUUUUUAAUUAAAAAAAAAUCAAAUGUUUUUUUUAUAAAACUAAAUUUGGGCAGUCAAAGAUGUUCUGAACUGGUUCUGAACAUUGUGUUCACCACUCUAGGACUUAAAUGUUUUCAAUACUGUUUUAAAUUAUUUCAAUGUACAACAUUUUCAUGGAUUCAAUUUAUUUCUUAAUUGUGUGGGAGGGAGAGAAGAUCUUGAGAGAGAUAAAAAGUUGCCUGAGAAAAUUUUAAAAUAGGGAUGUCUAAAUCCAAGAGAUCUAAAAAUUCCAAAUGGGUGAAAUAAGAUUUUGUUGGAUUUUAACCUUAUAAUUAGACUUUGUAUAAAUAUUGUUGUUUUUAAAAUUGUUUCAACAAAAGUCUUAAAAUUAAAAGGAAAAAAGCACUACACGUUCAAUGAAUAGAGAGGCAAGAUGUGUUAAUUAUGUUUCUCAAGACGAUUGUGUAAUUUAUACAAAUGUGAAUACUUGUACCUGAUGAUUAAUGAUAUAUUUGUACAAAACAGCAUCAGUGCAAAACCACUUUUUUUUACAAAUAUUUUUAAAAACAAAAACAAUGGUAGGCUAUUUUUAAUUGGAAGGAUGGCUAUUUUUAUCUGGUCUGUAGUGAACAUCAUGUCCUCAGACUUUGUAUAUUUCUUGUAUAUCUGUGUACAUCAAUGUGCCGAAUGUUUUCACUGCAUAUGUUGUUGGUGUGUCGCAAGUACCACAUUAUUUUUAUAUUAAAAGCUAACUAAAAUAAAAUUUAUUAAUAAAGCCUGUUUGAAUUCAAUUCACGGAA